UGAUGAUGAUGAAGAUGGCCUCACCUGUGCUGAAUCUUAUCUUCACAGUUGGAGUUGCCCUUGGACAGGAUGAGAGAAAAGCAGCCGCAGGACACGUGUUUCCACUGGAUAUGGCCGUGGGUUCGGUCGAUGACCAAUACCAGGGUUGUAGGGAGAGGAUGGCAGAAUUGGUGAAGAUUGAAUUUCUUCCACGUGAACUUAACAACACAACAGUCUUUGGUAAAGCAUGGAGUAAGAUACUGGAGAAGAAACUCCAUCAUUGUGACAACGAUGUCCUGCCAAGGAACCAUUGCAUUGCCCUGUAUGUGUACACUGGUGAUGAUGCAUAUCGUGCUUUCAAUAAGGCUGAUCGUAUGGGUAAACACAACUACACUAACGGGACAUAUGGAUGGUACUCACUCCAGUUUUAUUUGGCGGACGCUGUACAGGUUCUAAAAGGAAAACAUAAUAACUGCAAUAUAACUUAUCGCGGUACGGACCUUACUUUUGAUAAAAAUGUUCUAAACAAAGAGGUCCGAUUUGGCUCAUUUACGUCCUCUUCUUUUGUUCCUGAGAAAACACAGACAUUUGGAACAAAAUCUUGUUUUCAAAUCAAAACGUGCUAUGGUGCUGCAAUACAUAACUAUUCCAUAUAUGACGAAAAAGAGGUAUUAAUUCCUCCAUACGAGAAGUUCAUGGUCACUGAUGUCUUAAAGAGAUCAAAACAUUGUGAACUCUGGUGUGACACUGUGUAUGUGCUGAACAGCACUGGAAUCAGAAGUGACCUGAACUGUGUAGUAGCACCAACACCAGUGCCAACAGCAUCUGGCCAAUCCCCUCCCUUGCAUCGGUCAGAUCAGUCUCUCUGGGUGACCAGUCUGGGUGUCAUUACUUUCAUUCAGACUGUUACACACUAGGUGUGGGAGUGGCCAAAAUGUGACGAUUCAAUACUAUUGCGAUAUUUGGGCCACGAUACAAUAUUAUUACGAUUAUUAACAUAUUGCAAUAAAACAAGUAUUGCUAUUCGAUUCUUCAAUAUACAGUAUUGCUA